AUGUUCAUCCUGGGGCUGGUGCUACUGUCCAGCUUUUUCGUGGGAGUCGUUGUCUGGGCUGUGCUUCAGCAUUUCCUCACCACCGAUAUUCCCUCCACCUUGCAACAUCCUACCAAGUUCUGGUUUCUGCACUGCAUGUUCCUGUACGUGCUCGCUUUGGCAGAAAUAUUUGAGAAGCUGGGAAUUUGCUCCAUGCUCAGAUUCCUCCAGUUAUUGCAAGGCAGUGUGAGAAUAAAGAAGGAUGCUAGACUGAUGGUAACUGACCUGUAUUUUGGGACCAUACCUGUGAGGCUGUUCCAGCCCAAAGCAGCAUCCUCUGGCCCCUGGCGAGGCAUCCUCUUCUUCCCUGGAGGAAGCGGGUUUGUGGGGAGCCUGGACUUCCACCACAACCUGUGCGGUUUUUUGGUCCCGGAGAUGGACUCCGUGCUGCUGUUGGUGGGGUACCGCAAGCUUCCCGAUCACCAUUACCCCAGCAUCUUCCAAGACUGCCUGAACGCCUCCAUUCACUUCCUGAAGGCCCUGACGACCUUCAGGGUGGACCCCGCCCGGGUUGUGAUCUGUGGAGACAGCACUGGGGGAGGGUAUGUGGCCUGUAUCACCCAGGCCCUGGUGGGCAGAUCAGAUCUUCCCCAGAUCAGGGCCCAGGUCCUGAUUUACGCAGUAACUCAGCUCAUCAGUUUGCCGUUACCGUCCUACUGGCAGAACCGAAACGUCCCGUUCCUCUCGCAGAAGUUCACGAUGAUGUGUGUGUUCAAAUAUAUGGUUAUCGACGUUCACUGGUGGGAUGCCAUCUUGAAUGGGGCUUUCAGACCCCCGGAAGUCUGGAGGAAGUACCGGAAGUGGCUUAGCCCUGACAACAUACCCAGGAGAUUCAGGAAACCAGGCUACCAACCUCUGUUUCCCGGCCCUUUUAAUGAGGCCGCCUACCUGGAAAACAAACAUCUUUUGGAUGUAGCCAAUGCCCCUCUGCUAAGGGAUGAUGAGACCAUCACGCAGCUUCCUGCAGCCUUCCUGGUGAGCUGCGAACACGACAUCCUCCAUGAUGACACCUUGCUCUGUAUGAAGCAGUCGGAGGACCAGGGGGUCCCUGUGACAUGGCACCACAUGGAAGAUGGCUUUCAUGGGUCCUUGAUGUUUUUUGAUAAGAAGCUUUUCUCUUUCCAUGCUCCCUGA